AUGACUUCUAAUCGCACAUUGGAGACCACAGAUGUCCUCAUCUGUGGCUGUGGGCCUACAGGGGCUAUGCUCUCUGGCUAUCUUGAUCGUAUGGCGGUCCAGAAUAUUGUCCUGGAGAGAGAGGUAGAGAUCACGACAGACCCGAGGGGAAUCGUUCUUGACGACGAUGGCAUCCGUUAUAUGCAGGGUCUUGGUCUGUAUGACCAUGUUUAUACGGAUAUCGGUUCUUGUAUCGAGAAGGUAUUAUUUCUGCCGGGAGAGCAGCAAAGCCUGAACACAAGACCCAUCUUCGGCUUUAACACUGCUUCAGUUAGUCUCCUUAAAUUCCAAUCAAUAUCGUGGUAUGAGACUUUUCCAACUAACUUGUGCAUGAAUCAGUCCGAAGGAUAUACGGGACAUGUCGGUGUCAUAAGUCACAAGCAACCUGCGCUGGAAAAGCAUCUUCGUUCCGUCAUCCAGGGUUCUCAAGUCUCACAGUUGAGGAGCAGAUGCACCCUGAAGUCAAUCGAAGAGGAUAAGGACUGGGUAUACGCGAGUUAUGAGGACUCUGAAGGGAAUAGUCGACAAAUCCGCGCUCGUUUUCUGGUCGGCGCGGACGGCAAGACAGGUUACGUGCGAAAGCAAUAUUUGGAGCCACGGGGAAUUAAAAUGGAGUGGGCCGAACAAUGUCGCUAUGAAGAGAUUUGGGUGGCUUUGAACUGGAAAAUCAGCCUGCCAACACCAGAAACCCACCCAGACUUCCCACUAUGGAAACUAGGGUAUUCGUCUGAGGAUGUGUACGACCACUUCUUCCCGAAGGACUUUCGGUUCCUCUGCAAUCCUCGUCGUCCGGCUGUCUGCGGCCGAUUCGGCCAGACCAAGGACCGCCUUUGGAGGUUUGAAUUCGUGGUUCAGGCCGGUGAAGAUCCGGAAGAAAUGUCUGCGCCACACAUGAUCCAGGACAUUGUGUUCCCUUACCUUCGUCAUGCAGGGGCCCGCUAUGGGUUAGACGCUGACGUUGAGUUCCCAACCGAUUGCAUCAAUGUCCUUCGCUCUCGUCCGUUUCGAUUUGCCGCAAGAAAGUGCAACAAAUGGGCCAUGGGGCGAGUCAUCCUAUGCGGCGAUGCCGCUCACGUUUUUCCUCCCUUCGGUGGUCAGGGAAUUGCUUCCGGCUUUCGGGAUGCUAUCGCUCUUGCCUGGCGGCUUGCCAUUCUCACUCGGUCCCGCUCGACUCGACUAGAACACGAGCAGGUCCUCGUUGGGUGGUACUCUGAACGCAGCCAGCAGUUUCAAAAGUCCCUCAACUCAACCUUGCGGAAUGGACAAUUGGUGAGCAGCACUAACCCAGUGCAGAACUUCAUCCGGGACUGGGCGUUCCGGGUCGUGCAAUUGAUCCCUCCUAUCAAGCAUCAAUUAGAACUCGGACCCCGGAGUGAAGGCCCGGUCGCGUACAUCCACUCGGAUGGUAUGCCGUUUCUGCCUUACCUCCACGGUGGAAUCGCCUUUCCACAAACAUAUUGCACUGAAUUAGUGGGGCUCGAUAAUCGGGUUCGCUUUACCGACGAUGUGAUCUUUUCCAAAGAGAAGACCAACCUCUUCCAGAUUGUUGUUUUGCUUGAUAAACCAAGCCAGGCGAUAGCGGCCGUUGAGGAGAUGGACGGUGUUGAUGGCCUUAGUGAUGGUCACUUGUCUACGAAAGAGGCCACCUUGUUGGUCCAGGCUAAGGAUUGUCUCCCCAAUGAUGAGAACACUGGGUUCACCAGUCUCUCCCUGUUCCGAACUGCCACUGCAAAGGAGUUUGAGCAGUCUGACUUGUGCGUUGGACGCCCGAAACCGCACGGCUACAGCGACUGUCAAAUCUGGGAUGUCAUGAAGGGAAAGCGAUUUGUGAUUGUUAGGCAUGAUCGGUUUGUCUAUGCCGCUUGUGAUACGCGGGCUGAAAUGGUGGAAGCCGCAAAAGGUUUGGGAGAGUCUCUACCUUUGAAUUGA